CCUGCAUUUAUAACACCCGAGCUGCUCUCUGUCAGUCUAACUCACUCACAACCCUCCCAAGACUGUGCUCAGAGACAAGACGCAAGGUUCACUAGGUCCAAGCAGCAGCACCCACCUGAGAGCAGCCCCCAGCCGCCCCUCGGGCCAUCUGAAGAGCCCGUCUGGUCCUUCCCUGCCUAACCUGCGUGUCGUUCAGAGAGACUGGGAAAGGAGCAGAGCUGGUGAAGGGAGGAGGCACCAUGUGGGACUUUACUUUGCUGACCCUCCUGAUGGUGUGCCUGACUACAGUGGUCCUGGCUCAAGGCCCCAUCUGGAACAGCUCACUGCUCAGGAAGUGGAGCAGCUCAGACAGGAACAGGAAGCUGGCGUAUAACACACUGACAGACUCUCAGACUACAGGCGUAACGGAAUGGACUUCCUGGUUCAACAUCGACCAUCCAGGGGGAAACGGAGACUACGAGAGGCUGGAGGCCAUCCGCUUCUACUACAGGGAGAGGGUGUGCACCAGGCCGGUCGCCAUGGAGGCCCGCACCACCGACUGGGUUGCCGCGGCCGACACCGGAGAGGUGGUGCAUUCCAGCCUGGAGAAGGGCUUCUGGUGCAUCAACAAGGAACAGCCUUACGGACGCAUCUGCUCCAACUACCACGUCCGCUUCCAGUGUCCUCCUGUCCAGGCCUACUGGACGGACUGGGUGGCGUGGGGUCCUUGUUCAGUGACAGCCUGCAGCGACGUGGGGAUCCAGGUCCGGAAGAGGACAUGUCAGAGCACCCAGCCCCUCCCCCCGCUGAUGGCCCCGCCCUGCCAGGGCCACCACUCAGAGAGGAGGGAAUGUGCCACACCUCCGUGCAGAGCCGAGUGGAGCCCGUGGGGUCCCUGGGGAGCAUGCUCCGUGACCUGCGGCAAGGGUCGCAGGAUCCGGAGGAGAACCUGUGAGAGAACCUCAGAGAACGUGCAUUGUGCUGGCCGGCCAGUUGAAGUACAGAAAUGUGGGAAAGCAGUAUGUCCAGCAAAGUGCAAGCGUGUGUGUGGCGAAGGCCAGCCCAGCAAGGACUGCAGCCGGUGCGUGUGUCAGGGCCACACCCUGACGGGGGAGGUCUUCACCCUGACGGGGGUUCCCGUGGCGGGGGCGCGAGUGGCGUUGGCCAGCCAACCGAAGAUCAUCCGAGCCCGGACGGACGCCGCGGGCGUCUUCAGACUGCCGGGCACGUGCUCGUCCUCGCCUACCCUCCUCUCCAUCAGGAAGGAGAAGUUUGCUCCCGUGACUGUCUCCUCCUCCAGUAACAUAACGGGGACUUCCUGGAUACGGGCUGUUCUCAAGUCUGCCGAGAAACCGUACAUGGUGAAACACCCGGAGGACAAAGUACGCUACGAGGGCCAGCGCGUGCUGUUGUGUUGCAAGGCAACGGGAUCGCCGGCGCCGGACAAAUACUACUGGUACCACAACGGAACUCUGCUGGACAGGAAGGAGUAUAAGUAUGAAGAAGACCUGGUGCUGAAAGACCUGAAGCCAGAGCAGAGUGGACGUUACCACUGCAAGGCCAGCAGCCUGACAGGCAGCAUCAAGUCCUCGCCAGCCCUACUAACUGUGGUCGCCAAAGGGACACCAGCCUGCAAGUCCACCCCUGAGAGCCACCUCAUCCGGUUGCCCAUGGACUGCACCCAACCUGGGACCGACUCAAAGCUAUACGAUGCCGGACGUUGCCUACACAACAAGUGCGCCGGUUCCCUGGACUUUGUCCUGCGCUGCAGGGACGCGAGCAGCUUCUGCUGCGGGGUCCAGAGCAUGGAGAGCCGCGUCAUCGACUGCGGGACCUACAGUCUGCCCAUCCGUGCCGUGACGGAGUGCGGCUGCCAAACGUGCGUGGAGCCUAAGGUGUUGGUGAGAGGCAGGGUGGUCACCGCCGACAACGACGAACCCCUGCGCUUUGGGCACAUCUACAUCGGCAAGGAGAGAGUAGGCACCACGGGAUACCAAGGAGGCUUCACCCUGAAUGUCACCCCAGAUACGGAGAGACUGGUGGUGAACUUUGUGGACCCCACAGAGAAGUUCAUCGACACCCUGAAGGUGUUCAUCUUCGACAAGAGAGGAGGCUCGGUCUACCAUGAUGUGAAGGUGAUGAGAAAGAAAGAGCCCAUCGACAUCAACGCCGGGGAAACCAACAUCAUCGACCUGGGAGAGAUUAAAGGAGAAGAUCCCAUCGGGCAGAUCGUCAUACCUCCUAACUCCUUUCACAGGGACAGUGGCGAGGUGUAUGAAGGUACGGUGAAGGCCAGCGUCACGUUCAUCGAUCCCAGAAACAUCACGACGGCGGCCGCCGCUCCAGGGGACCUGAACUUCGUGGACGACGAGGGCGACAUGCUUCCGCUGAGGACCUACGGCAUGUUCUCCGUCGACUUCCGUGACGAGACCAAUAAGGAGGUCCUCGGUGCCGGGGCGGUCCAAGUCCUGUUGGACACCCAGCACGUCAAAAUGGAGGAGCACAUCCCCAAAAUGAAGCUGUGGUCCCUCAACCCAGACACGGGCAUCUGGGAGGAGGAGAGCGACUUCCACUACACCCAGAGGACGUCCGGGGGCCACGGCAGGAGCAAGAGGGAGGAACGCACGUUCCUCAUAGGCAACAUGGAGAUCAGGGAGCGUCGCCUGUUCAACCUGGACGUGCCCGAGAACCGGCGCUGCUACGUCAAAGUGAGGGCCUACAUGAGCGACAAGUUCCUGCCCACGGAGCAGCUGGAAGGAGUGGUCAUCAGCCUGAUCAACCUGGAGCCCAAGCCUGGGUACUCCUCCAACCCCAGGGCCUGGGGCCGCUUCGACAGCGUGAUAACCGGACCCAACGGAGCCUGCUUGCCUGCCUUCUGCGACGCCCAGAGGCCGGACGCCUACACGGCUUACGUCACGGGGAUCAUGGGGGGAGAAGAGCUGGAGGCCGCUCCGUCGUCCCCCAAGAUGAAUCCGAACAUCAUUGGCGUUUCACAGCCGUACUUGGAUAAGCUGGACUACCAGCGAUCUGAUCACGAGGAUCACAACCUGAAGAAAACGGCCUUCAGGAUCAACUUGGCCAAACCGAACCCGAACAACGUCGAAGAGAACAACGGUCCGAUAUACCCCUACCAGAGUUUAAUCGGCUGCGAAAACGCCCCGGUAGACGCCAACCAUUUCCGAUUCUUCCGGGUUGAGAAAGACAAGUACGAGUACAACGUGGUGCCCUUCCAGGAGAAUGACCUCACCACCUGGACGGGAGACUACCUCUCCUGGUGGCCCAACCCCCAGGAGUUCCGAGCCUGCUUCAUCAAGGUCAAGAUCCUUGGCCGAAAGGAAGUGAUGGUGCGAUCGAAGAACACGGGGGGGACCCACCCGCGAACGACGGGGCAGCUCUACGGCAUCAGAGACAUUCGCAGCACCCGCGACAUGAGGGAGGCAAACACCUCGGUGGCCUGCUUGGAGUUUAAGUGCAGCGGCAUGCUGUUCGACCAAGCGACCGUGGACCGAUCCCUGAUAUCGGUCCUGCCUCAGGGAAACUGUCGCAGGAUUGGCAUCAACAACCUCCUGGGGGAGUACCUGAAUAAACAUCCUCCUGUCGUCCAGAACAACGAGUCGCAUGCUUUCAACAUGUUGGCCCCAAUGGACCCGCUAGGACACAACUACGGCAUCUACACCGUCACCGAUCAGAACCCCAGGGUGGCCAAGGAAAUCGCCAUCGGACGCUGCUUCGACGGGACCUCCGACGGUUUCUCCAGGGAGAUGAAGUCGGACUCGGGGGUGGCCUUGACCUACAGCUGCCCGGAGAGGACGGUGAGCAGGGAGAGCCUUUUCCAGCGUUUACAGACCAACCCGGGCCAGACCCUGUCCCAGAUGGCCAGGGAUAUGAGGGAGUCGGAGGGGCUACAGGUGAGGAGAGGGUCCGCCCAGGUGGUAGCCUUCCCCUCGGAGCAGCAGGGCCGGACCCAGAGCAGGAGAGUUGUUUCUUCUGCAACCAGGAGGAGAUCCACCAUGAGGACUCAGCGACGGCAGUAGAGCUGCCCCCAAGCACCAAGAAGAAGAGAUUGAUUGACACAGAGAGUCUGAUUUGUUCUUAGGAUCCUGAGGAAUGAAAGGAAGAAGAUGAGGUCUUCACAAGAAACAAGGGAGAACAUGUUCACUUGCGUCAGUCUGGUGAUGCUGAAAAUGAACUCAGAACAGCUACUACAAACUACGAACCAGAGAAGAGAAAAAGGCUGACAUUUGUUUUCUCUGAGGCUUACUUGAAAGGGUUUGGCAAUAAUCUCAGUAUUCAUUAAUUUCUUUGUGAAAACCCUAACUUUAGACAUGUAUCCUGCAAUGGACAUUUAUUUUAUUGGCAUUGAUGUGAUUUUCUGAAAGAUAUGAUUGAACCAGUUUCCAUUUUUAUCUUCAGAUUUGUUGCCUUCCACAUUCCCCAGUCUUUACGUCUCUGAAAUGCCUCAUUUGAAACCAAACAUUACCGUAAACACAUCCCAAUCCAUAAACACUUCCUAAUUGUCCAAAGCUUUCCUAUUAACUUAUGGUUCCCCUUAAAAUCAGAGAGGGGAGUGCAUGAGGUCAUUGUUGUCUGUUUGUAACAGACACUGAGCGCUUUUCUAGAAACUGGAAGUCAUCUCCGCCAAGGGAAGGUAUUUUUAAGAGGACGUGGUAGGGUGCUUGGAAUUACGACGUCUGUGGAACAGAGGACGAUUCUUAGAAUCUUGUAUCUAGAUUUUUUCUUUCUUUCACUAACCUAACUACAACAUGCAGCAGGGCCAGUGCCAAGACUAGCAUACCUUAACAAAGCGGAUCCGACCAGUAGACCAAACAGACCGUGCAGAAUGGGACCUGAGGAAGAGAGGAGAUAGGGAGGGGAUGACACAUUUCCCUCCCGUCUUCUCAUCCCACAUUAGUCAAAGUCCUUAUCCAACAUACCUCUCUGCCCCUUGCCAGCUCUCCACCAACUGAGGUGCCGUCAACUGUCGGCAUGCAAUCGUAAAACAAAUGAGCUGACCUUCUUUCUGAGACCUGUGUUGGGGAUUUGGCGUGGCUACCUGUCUUUAUCACCUGAAUUGCAAUAACUAUGUUUCAUUUAGACUUGAGAACCCUUGCAAAUAACCCUGUGAUAAGCCGUGCACUGCACAACGAUUUCUAUUGGUGUUUCAUACGAUACCCUUGGUUUGUUUGGCUGUGGUCCUAAGCGAAUUUGAAAGGGAGCUUGUAUAGGAUUCAUCUGCAUUUUAAACAUAGUGGAGAGCAAUUAUUUAAAUGCUGAGUAAUCUUUUUUCAACAUUCAUACCACAUACUUGUAGUACCUUCAUGUCUCUUUGCAAAUAGUUAUAGCAUUUUCAUAUCUUCCUGCAUGACUUAUUAUCUUUCACAGUAAAGACAUGUUUUGACCCAAGUCACAAUACAAAAUAACACAUUUUCAAACAAAACUAUUUCAAUUGAACAGCAUAUCUUCAAGUCCCAGGCAGAGCUAACCAUCACCCAUUGAGGAUCACCCCAGUUUCACCAACACAACACUGUACUCAUUUCCACUCCCUGACUAACUGAAGGCAAAUUAUUUUCUAGAACCAAUUAUAAAAUAUGCCAUGUUCCCCUCACAGCAUAUGGGUUUUAGACCUUCCCCUGUGUCCUGCUACGGCAAAGCAGUGAAUAGUGUGAUGACGUCUCAAAACAAAAACGAUUUAAUUUAAGUCAGUGAAUUGAAGGAAUCUUUUCCAAUUGGUAAUAUGUUUAUCUUCAUCGUGAGUGAUUCUAUGUCUCUCCAGACCAGUGGAGAACCCAUCAAGCUAAACUAAUUCCUUGUCCAGUGAGGGUUUGUGGUCCCUAGAGUAAACAAACAGGGCUGGCAAGUAAUCAUAACCACAGCUUUAAUUAAGAAAUAAAUUACGAAUACACUUGAGGGUGUUGACCGUGACUUUCAUAAACAGCCAAACAAGUUCAUUUACAGGAUAAUGUGGAGCCUAAUUCAAACCCUUGAGGUCUGCAUCCAAGAUUCAAAACAGCUCCUAGUGAUGCCCCAAGGUAAAAUCUAAAUAAUUUCCCAGGUGUUUUCAAUAAAACCUCUAGGUAUUUGAUCAAUUACACCGAACCAAUUAGGAGUCUCAUUUGAUUCAACUUUGUUGAUAUAGCAUCCGCCAAAACUGUUUGCUGUGAAAUAGAUGUACACACACACACACACUCGGAUCUUAGAUGUCAUGAAUAACCAUACAGUAAAGUCACCGAACAGGUAUGGAGCUUCAGACAAGACAUUUGGACAUGAUGGUUCGUGGACCCUCUGGCCAUUAUCAGUGACCUAUCCAAUCACUGAGCUGUUAAGAACUCCAUGAGAUCACGUUCUAGCGUCGGCCAGAUGAAGACAAAUAUCAUCUUGGUGCAGUUCAGUGCUCCCAGCUGAAGGAAACGACAUGGCUAUAAUUAGGCACACGUGUUUGAAAGAUAAUAAGUCGCGUCGGAGAGCCCUAUCGUCUGAGGUGAACGAAAGCAGCCCUAGGAACGCUGGUAGGACCAGAGGACAUGUGGCACUGUAGCCAUCCAGAGGAGUGUUCUGCGAUGGAGAAGGGGAGAUUACGCCGUGAUGGAUUCUGCUCAUUAGAAGGAUUUCUUUGAGGAGGGAGCAAGGGAGAAAGUAGACGUGGACUUUGGCCCCGUAGUCCAUCUGUGGUCGGCUGAGGGCCUUGAAAGUGGUCUCAUGUGGAGGCGAUGCAGUGUUGAUGGGGAAGGUCACUCACAGGCUCAUGGAGAAGUCUACGGGGGGGGGGGGGGACGAAAGACAGGCUCAACUCUAAUGGCUAAUGUUACGUAAUUGAUUGCGUGACAAAAAUACAGAGCUUCAGCAAAUAGUUUCCUUGUCUUCUAAGGAAUUUCAAAGAGGAUGGCAGAACUUUAAAGUAAAGUAAAGGCUUUGUUGACUUUGAUAGGUUUGAAGAGGCUAGAUGUUUCCUUGCUCAUUACAAUCAAAAGGGAAGUAUGUGAGCCCAUGCAAGUUUCACAUUUCCUCAUUCAAAUACGGAUAAUUUGUUGGAAGAGCAAACAAAUAAGAAACAUGUGGCUGAAAUGUGUUUGUCUUAUGGAAUAGAAAGAACACAUUCUUCUUUAAGGUGCCAAAAAGGGGUAGAAACAGAUAUCUUAAAUAUUGAAUCCAUUAAUAAAAAAUACCUAAUGAGAGGCUGAGAUGCAGACCAACAGAAUAUGACUCCUCAGUUGUCCUUUUGGUUAAUUCAUGUUCAGCUGCUUCCUGUACAAUUCAACCCUCUGCUGACCGACACAGUGCACAACUGGCCUACAGAGUCUGGUUGGGGAGUCAGUGUCUUGGGCCUGACUGGAUGUGGACGGUCUGUCCUGCACACUCUGUCUGGUCUCAGGGAGACUAUAACUUAUUCAGGAUUAUCCUCAGGCAAGGCCUUCGUUGGGUCUCUCUAUCUUGUCUGGACGGUAAAGUGAUAGUUGUAUAGUUGCCACUGUGCUCUGGAAGAUGUCCUGGGCCCACCCAAACUCAUUAUAUAAAUGAAAUCCAGAGAAUUCUCUGUGCAUCAUUAUGUAACAUUGUGUAACAUUAUGUAACAUUGUGUAACAUUGUGUAUUGCAUGGCGUUGCCCAUCUCCUUACUAUUUCAACCGUUUUUAUGUGUAAAUGGUGUAUUGUUUGGAAUCUAUUAUCAAAUGUAUUAUGAACUGUAAAUAAACUUUUGCUUGUGUAGUGAAGCUUCCCAUGAA